GGCAGUGAGGACGUGUGUAUUUUGGACUGAGCCACAAGAUUUCCUUGUGCCAGAUAUUUUCCGGGUCCUGUGACUUAUCAGGUGGUUUGCGGUGAAGGAGGAGAGGAGAGGAGAGAAGAGAAGAGGAGAUUCGGGAGGGAAAGGAGGUUUUUUUUGCGGUGUUGUUUAUUUUUUGGGGGGUACUGGUUUGAUUAGGUCGCUGUGUAACAGUAAGUAAGAGUACCAGAAUGGCAGGAGGCUCCGUGUCGGAGUGUAAGGAGUACUUGUUUAAAGUUUUAGUGAUUGGAGAGUUAGGUGUUGGGAAAACCAGCAUCAUUAAACGCUACGUCCAUCAGCUUUUCUCUCAGCACUACAGAGCAACAAUUGGUGUUGACUUCGCCCUCAAAGUCCUCAACUGGGACAGCAAAACAUUAGUCCGUCUGCAGCUAUGGGACAUCGCAGGUCAGGAGCGCUUUGGGAACAUGACCCGAGUAUACUAUAAGGAGGCAGUGGGAGCGUUCGUGGUGUUCGACGUGACCAGAAGCUCCACGUUCGAAGCCGUGUCGAAGUGGAAGCACGACUUGGACAGCAAGGUGAAACUUGCAAACGGCAACCCUAUCCCGUCCGUCCUGCUGGCUAAUAAAUGCGACCAGAAGAAAGACAGCUCUAAUAACGCCUCGCUUAUGGACAACUUCUGCAAGGAGGCCGGCUUCCUGGGCUGGUUUGAGACAUCAGCCAAGGAUAACAUAAAUGUUGACGAGGCAGCCCGGUUCCUGGUGGAGCACAUUCUCCUGAACGACAAAGGCGUUCCGUACGAAGAGAGCAACGGCGACCGCAUCAAGCUGGACCAAGACCCCAUGCCUGCGGAGAGCAAGUCUGGUUGCUGCUAGCGUCAGGCCUCAAUCUGUCCGUUCGCCUGCAAUAAAGGAGGGGUUGUUGGCUACGAACUGAGACCCAAAGCCCCACCAUCAUGUCCUUUACUUCCUUCCAUUCAUGUUCAUCAUCCAUUUUGAAACCAAUGGCACAAGCACGUCUUAGCGUACGAGUCUCAGCUCUCCACGAGUGGAAACCGUAGCCAUGAAGAUUAUCAUUAUAUCGUUAUAUCAUUUAUAGUGACUCUUUCUCAGUCAUUCUCCCCCCCGUCUCUCUCUCUGGCUCAACACUGUUCAUAUAAGAUGUAUAUUUGUAGCCUUCAAUAGUGUCCGGUGCCAUAUUUUCGCCAUAUUUGUUUUGUUAUUGAGAAUAAACGCAACCCUAUGGGUGUCCUAGGAGGCUGUACCAAGUACAUGUUUGUUGUAUACAAAUUAAGACAUGGUUGUUGUUUUUUUUUUUUUGCGCAAAGAAUGAUUACGUAAUUUUCCACAGAGGUCAUUUUAAUCUGAAAGAAAAAGAGAAUUCUCUCUUUUUUUUUUUUGGGAGUUGUUAUAUCUACAAAAGUAAAAGUGAUAGCAUGUUGACCUUUAAAAAAAACAACAAAAAGAUUUCUAUUAGGAAUCUGUAUUUAAAAAAAAAAAAAAAGAUUUAGUUUCGAGAUUUAGUUCAGUUGUUCUACAGUUAUUUUUUCCUCCCAUUUUCUUUCUCAUUUUUUUUCUGUCCAUCAGUUGCUUCUCUGGAGAUCACUCAUAAGAAUCUUAUCAUACAGAAGAGGAACAUAGGAAUAUGUUUGUACGAGGUGUCAGGGUUUAGGUACUAAGUGGAAAUGUGGAAUCUAGAGACUGCAGCCUAUUCUAUGCAUAAGCUUGUGUUUCCGGUCACGUUCACGGCAAGGUUUUGAAGAGGUACGGAAUUGUUUGAGAACGUAUCCAUAACUCCAGCUCUGUAGAGAUAUAUGUAGAGAUGUGUGACAGUUUAAAACUGUUUUAAAUAUACUGGAUUCAACCUUGAAGCAAAAUAAAACUUUUUAAAAUAAAAUAAAAAAAGU